GGCAGGAAAUCCCGUGUUUUGUAGUAGGAGCGGUGCUCCUGCCGCUGCUGCCGCCGCCGCCACCGUUGGAUGUGGGUCCGUCAUGGCGCUGGAGACCCUCUCGCCGGAUUGGGAAUUCGACCGCGUUGACGACGGCUCUCAGAAAAUCCACGCUGAAGUGCAGUUAAAGAACUAUGGGAAAUUCCUUGACGCAUAUACUUCCCAGCUGAAGAGAAUUGAAGAUGCAUUGGAUGAUUCCAUUGGAGAUGUUUGGGACUUCAAUCUUGACCCCAUUGCAUUAAAUCUUUUGCCUUAUGAACAGUCUUCCUUACUUGAACUCAUAAAGACAGAAAACAAGGUUCUGAACAAAGUCAUCACUGUAUAUGCUGCUCUUUGUUGUGAAAUCAAAAAGUUAAAACAUGAGGCAGAAACGAAGUUUUAUAAUGGCCUCCUGUUUUAUGGUGAAGGAACUGUGGAUUCCAGUAAAGUGGAAGGAGAUAGUCAAAUACAGAUGGGAAGAUUUAUUUCAUUUCUCCAGGAGCUGUCUUGUUUUGUGACACGGUGCUAUGAAGUGGUGAUGAACGUAGUGCACCAGUUAGCUGCCCUUUAUACCAGUAACAAGAAUACACCUAAAGUGAUAGAGACUUCAGGAGUUCAUUUUCAGACUACAUAUGAGCAUCUUGGAGAACUACUGACAGUUCUACUUACACUUGAUGAGAUAGUAAAUAAUCAUGCCACCCUGAAAGAUCACUGGACUAUGUACAAAAGGCUAUUAAAAUCUGUCCACCACAAUCCUCCUAAAUUUGGAAUCCAAGAAGAUAAACUGAAACCAUUUGAAAAAUUGUUGUUAAAAUUAGAAAGUCAGCUAUUGGAUGGCAUGAUAUUCCAGGCUUGUAUAGAACAGCAAUUCGACUGUCUCAAUGGAGGUGUGUCAGUUUCAAAGAACAGCAUAUUUGCUGAAGAGUUUGCACAUAGUAUUCGCACAAUUUUUGCAAAUGUUGAAGCUAAACUCGGUGAACCUUCUGAAAUUGACCAGAGAGAUAAGUAUGUUGGAAUUUGUGGUCUCUUUGUACUACAUUUUCAGAUUUUUCGAACUGUAGAUAAGAAAUUUUACAAAUUGUUACUGGACAUUUGCAAAAAGGUGCCAGCUAUCACGCUAACAGCUAAUGUCAUUUGGUUUGCUGACAACUUUUUGAUUCAGAAGAUGCCAGCUGUUGCCAAGCUUCUGGACAGAAAAAGUUUUCAUGCAAUUAAAUUACAGAGAGAAAGUUUUUUACAGCAAAAGGCUCAGUUGCUUACAAAAGAGAUGCAAACUUACUAUGUAUUUGUGAGCUCCUGGAUGAUGAAAAUGGAAUCUCUUUUGUCAAGGGAACAAAGGAUGGAUAAGUUUGCUGAAGACCUCAGUAAUAGAUGUAAUGUUUUUAUACAGGGCUUUCUCUAUGCUUACAGCCUUAGAAACAUAGUCACAACUACAAUGAAUCUGCAUAUGUCAAUGCAGAAGCCAAUGACUAAAACCUCAGUUAAAGCAUUAUGCAGGCUUGUGGAACUACUCAAAGCAAUAGAAUAUACAUUUUACAGAAGAAGUAUGACUGUUGCUGAUUCAGUUACACAUAUAAUUCAGCAUCUUCAGCAUCAAGCUCUCAAUGCCAUUGCUGUAGCCAAGAAAAGAGUAAUUUCUGACAAAAAGUACAGUGAACAGCGCCUUGAUGUACUUUCUGCUCUUGUACUGGCUGAAAACACCCUUAAUGGCCCUAGCACAAAACAGAGGAGACUCAUAAUUUCUCUUGCCCUCAGUGUGGGCACACAAAUGAAAACAUUUAAAGAUGAAGAACUCCUUCCUCUUCAAGUAGUUAUGAAAAAGUUGGCCUUAAUCAGUGAACUUAGGGAACGAGUCCAAGCACAGUGUGAUUGUUGCUUUUUGUACUGGCACAGAACGAUAUUUCCAAUUUAUCUGGAUGAUGUUUAUGAAAAUGCAGUGGAUGCUGCGAGAUUACAUUAUAUGUUUAGAGCAUUGCGGGAUUGUGUACCAGCUAUGAUGCACUCAAGGCAUUUGGAUUCCUUUGAAAUACUCCUAGAAAGCUAUGACAGAGAAAUCAUGGAUGUUUUCAAUAAGCACCUUCUAGACAAGUUAUGCAAAGAAAUCGAAAAGGAUUUGCGCCUGUCAGUACACACGCACUUAAAACUAGAUGACCGAAAUCCAUUCAAAGUUGGAAUGAAGGAUCUUGCUCACUUCUUCUCUUUAAACCCAAUUCGCUUUUUUAAUCGGUUCAUAGAUAUCAAAGCUCAUGUGACUCAUUACCUAGACAAGACUUUUUACAAUCUAACUACAGUAGCUCUGCAUGACUGGGCCACCUACAGUGAAAUGAGGAAUUUAGCAACUCAGCGCUAUGGUUUAAUUAUGGCAGAAGCACAUCUUCCAAGCCAGACUUUAGAACAGGGCUUGGAUGUACUGGAAAUUAUGAGAAAUAUCCAUGUAUUCGUAUCCCGAUACCUGUACAAUCUCAAUAACCAGAUCUUCAUUGAAAGAAUUAGCAAUAACAAACAUCUGAACACAAUAAAUAUAAGACACAUAGCUAAUUCAAUUCGAACACAUGGCACAGGAAUCAUGAACACAACAGUAAAUUUCACAUACCAGUUUCUGAGAAAGAAAUUUUACAUCUUCAGUCAAUUUAUGUAUGAUGAGCACAUCAAAUCCAGAUUGAUCAAAGAUAUACGAUUCUUUAGGGAAAUUAAGGAUCAAAAUGAUCAUAAGUACCCAUUUGAGAGAGCAGAGAAAUUCAAUCGGGGGAUAAGAAAACUUGGGAUUACACCAGAUGGACAAAGUUAUCUUGACCAAUUUAGGCAACUGAUUAGCCAGAUAGGGAAUGCUAUGGGCUAUGUACGAAUGAUAAGAUCUGGUGGACUUCACUGCUGUAGCAGUGCAAUUAGGUUUGUUCCUGACCUUGAAGAUAUUGUCAACUUUGAAGAACUUGUGAAAGAAGAAGGUCUGUCAGAAGAAACACAACAAGCAGCUAGGCAGCUGGAUUCUGUUCUUAGUGAUCUCACCUGCAGCUCUGCAGAAGGUACAGAGUACUUCAAGAUGCUUGUGGAUGUCUUUGCUCCUGAAUUCCGCAGUCUAAAGAACAUGCAUCUACGCAAUUUUUAUAUCAUUGUUCCCCCGCUGGCACUCAAUUUUAUAGAACACUCAAUCAGUUGCAAAGAGAAACUGAACAAAAAGAACAAACUUGGUGCGGCUUUUACUGAUGAUGGCUUUGCUAUGGGUGUGGCUUACAUUUUGAAACUCUUGGACCAGUAUCAAGAAUUUGAUUCCCUCCACUGGUUCCAGUCGGUACGGGAGAAAUAUGUGAAAGAAAUCAGAGCAUUAGCAAAACAGCAGAAUGUCCAAUCGGCUAGUCAAGAUGAGAAGUUGCUACAGACCAUGAAUCUUACUCAUAAGCGACUGGAAGUUUGUUUGCAGGAAUUUGAACUGCUUUAUUUCUCACUAAGCAGCGCAAGGAUCUUUUUUAGAGCAGAUAAAACUGCAGCAGAAGAAAACCAAGAUAAAAAAGACAGUGAAGAAGAAUCUACAAAAACAAGCAACGACCUUUCAAAUUCUUCUUCUGCAGAUCCUCUUGUAAAAUGAGAGCUCUGGGUCAUUGAAGCACUUGGAGGUUUAUCUGUGUCUUCAAGGUCAUCCUUCUAUUCCUCACUAUCCUGUCAGAGCUGAAGAAGCUUCUUGGAUGAGAAGCAAAACUUCUUCAAAAUAAAAAAAAAGAAAAGAAAAUCCAGUUGUCUCCCUAGUUUCACACAGUUGCCUACUUUAAUGAGUAUCUGAUAAGUGCUGUCUUCACAUGAGGUCUGAAUUGUUUCUUCUGAAUACUUUUCAAAGGAUGCAGAGCCCUAAUUAUGAAGUGCAAUAAUCACUGAUUUUUCCCCCCAAAAUGGCUUUUUUUUUAAAAAAAAAAGACCAUUGUUCUGAUUACCAUUUGACUUUGUAAAGAGAAAAUAUGAAUAAUAAAAACUAACAAAUUAAAAUUUUAAAACAAGGGGGCUUCAAUCUUUAAAAAUAGUUUUUAAGUUGUGCUUAUCUACUAAUAAAUUCCUUUUCUCCUUCGUUCACUUAAAUCUGCUCCUGGGGGGAUCAGAGAUAAUUUGCGGAGGGGGUUGAAAAGGGGAACGUUUCUCAGAGUGUAUAGUAUGAUUUAUGUGUUGCUUUAUGUUCUGUAGAACUCUAGAGCAACUGUGAUUUGUUGAAAUUGAUGGGACCAGAUUGACAUAGAACAUCCACCUCAUCGGUCCGAUAGUGAUCCAGAAGUAUUGUGAAAUAUCACAUAAUUUAUUGUAAUACUCAACACAGUAUUUGGAGUUCCAGACACAUAUGCUAUUUUGAUCUAAGAUGUGAUUGAAAAGGGGGAAAAUUUGUUAUUAUAAAGUUUUAAAAUAUUCUUAUACCUAAUGGAUUCAAUAAUACUAAAUGCAUCAAAUUACAUCCUUAAUAUGGUUGUUACUGCUUGUUUUCCUAGUGCAUAUAGUUCCCCUUGGAAAAAAAACUUGUCUCAUUCAUAGACUUUACCAAUUAGACAGCUGACUUAAAUGGACAACUUGUAUUGUCCCAGAGACUGUAUAAGCAUACUAAGCUUAAGGUAGCUAUGUGCUGUAAUAAACAUACUCAUUUUCAUACCUUUUUGGCAUUUAAUUUGAGAGACUUCUCUAUUUUAGAUACACGGCUAAACUGUACAGUGUUAACUAAACUAACAUCUUUGUGAGAUACUGAAAAAAGCAUCCUGAAAUUGUCUAGAUUCUAAAAGCAUGUACAGUAUAUGCAAUGUUGUUGUGAAUAUGUAUACAUAGACCUUUGUGAAUAUAGUGAUGGUUGCUACUCUUACAAACAUUGAAAUUGUAAAAUCAAGUAAUGUAAAAAUACGGUAAUUUGGGCCUUGAAUGCAAGUCUGUUCUUGGGUGCCUAAUACUGCAUCCUUCUGCCACAGAAACAGAAGUUGUUAUACUGCUUGGCCUUUCAGUAGAUACAAGCCUUUCAUGGCUGUUACAUGUGUGGCAAAUUAAACAGGGGAAUUGGGAAUUAUUUAACAUAACUGUAUGGGAUCGGUGGUGGGUUCAGUAAGACAUGGAAUUAUUAUUUGCCUUCUCCCAUUUCAUCUUUUGAAUAAUCUGUCUUCCAACAUGGAGACAGUAGCUAUGGCAUCUUCUCCAUGUAUUUUAUUUACAAAAGCAUGCCACAGAGAGAUUUUUCUCUUUCAAAUUCUUAAUCUUUAUUUGUAAGGAAACUUUUAUUUUCUAUGAAAUACGUAAUUGAACACAAAUGUCUAGGUCACUUCCAGUUAAGAUCCUCUUGGUUAUUUAUUACAUGGUCUUCCAGAAUAAAAUCACAAGGCCUACCAGGAGUGAUAGGAAUUGACUCAGAAAAGCCAUGAAUAUUUUGUACAUUUGUAUGUUUGAGCUUCUGCCAAAGUUUCGGAAAUGGAGGUCCUGUUGUCAUUGAUCUAUUACUCUGAUCUAUUCCACCUAUGUUCAAAUUCUCAGGAAUGAAAUGGACAAAAUUAUAACAUGUCUUACACUAAAUCAUUUACAAAAACGAAAUGAAACAAAACAAACCUGUUACCUCAAUACUUUAUUCUGCUAGAUAUUCUGUACAUAAUGUUAAUAAAUGCAACUUUGGAAAAAAAUGGAUUUGUAUAUAAUGGUCACAAGCCUGGAAUGUUUUGACUUCCUUGAAUGUGCUGUUUCUUUAAUGAGAACCAGGUUUGCCAAUGUAGAUACUUCAAUCUACAGCUAAGCCAGAAUGCUAGGGUUGAUUUAAUCAA